UCUCCGCCCCCUUUCUCCCGCCGCGCCUAAAACCCUAAACCCCCGCACCUCGCCGAUUCCCCACCGCCUCUCCUCGCUAUAUAUAUAUAUAAAAAAACCCUAGCGCCAAUCCCGCGCCGCUGUUUCUACCCUUCUCUCCUCUUCCCCUCUACCCCUCCGCCUCCUCCACCGUCGCCGGAGAUGUCCCUCGACGGCGCCUUCUCCCCCGCCGCCGCGCUCCGCCGCCUCCUCGCCCGCCACCCCGCCCUCCGCGGCGCCGACCCGCGGAUCGCCGCCCUCGAACAAAAGGGCGAAGCUUUGACGGCAAAUGAUUUGGUGGCAGCAUUGGCCGACCCAUUCCUCCACCCGAGCUACACAAUUCCUAUAGUGGGAUGCUUCCGCCCGCUCUGUCAGAAGAUUGUGGAAAGGGCUGUGGCGAAGCUGGGUAGCAUCCCGAGCCUCGAAUUGGAAUCGGACGAAAUUGCAGAGGAGGUUGGUGACCAUGAUGUAUGCGUUAUAGACUUCUAUGCUGGGAAAGGGAGGGGUUUGAGGCUUCAUGAGCUUGCUUCUUUCGCCUUAUGUCGGGCCCUUGAUUUGGCGCCCUUCUUGUUGAGAAGUACUUUAAGUUAUUUCAAGUUCGCUCCUCCACCUUUUCAGCGCCUUAUCUUGGCAGGCUUACCUUCACCAAUAACAGAAAAGGCUGUAAAAUUAUUGCUUGAGGCCGCUCGAAUAUCUUAUCGUUUCCUGGUCAUGGACCCAAAAGUUUUCUCUGAACUUUGGGAUUGGUCGUGUUUCUUAGAUCUCGUGAAGAAAACAACUGAUUUUCAUUUAUAUUAUGGCGUGCUGCUUAGUGAUGUAUUGGAUGUAAGAUGGUGCUCGAUACAGAUUCUAUCAGUUACCCUAAAAACAAGUGAUCGGGCCACUGAAUGUUUUGGUUUUGGAGCUGAUGAGAUGGAAACUGAAAAUUCUGGUCGUGAAGCCGAGGAGGCUUUCAUGUGCUUACUGAGAUGGGAGAAGUUUUGUAUGGAUACUUCUGUAGAAAAGGCUGGUUGUUAUCUUCAACCAAGUGAAACUGGUAGCGGGUCCUAUUUUAGUGGAACUACCAAUUUGGGAACAGAAUCUCCUGAAAACGCUUCUUUAAUUGAUUCUUUGUCGAAUUUGCAUGGCAUCAGGUCUAGAGAGAGCCAAUGCAAUAGGACCACAAAAUGCCCAUUUAUCCUGACCACUUCGGUGAGGAAGAGCUUUGAGGUGACUUUCAUGGCUGUUGGUCAAAAGUGGCCCGUGCUUCUCCAUGGUCCUGUAGGUGCUGGAAAGACUGCACUAAUUAACAGGCUAGCUCAAAUCACCGGAAACCAAGUGUUGUUUGUUCACCUUGAUGAACAAAUGGACAGCAAAACAUUAGUAGGGAGUUACAUCUGCACAGAGAAACCUGGUGAAUUCAAGUGGCAUCCUGGAUCACUUACACAGGCUAUCUUAAAAGGAUUUUGGAUUGUUUUUGAAGACUUGGACAAAGCACCUAAUGACAUCCAGUCAACACUAUUACCUCUACUGGAGGGUUCAAAUUCUUUUGUAACUGGUCAUGGGGAGGCUGUAGAAGUGGCUGAAAGUUUUCGCUUAUUUGCCUCAAUUACAACUUCAAAGAAUGAGAUGUGCCAUGCCAUGGAAGGAAGACUGUCCUUCAGUGUCCUAUGGAGAAAGGUGAUGCUGGGGGCUCCCACUAGGGAAGACAUGUUAGAUAUAGUCAAUGCAUGGCAUCCCAGUUUACAACCUAUUCUUGCAAGGCUCAUUGACACCUUUGAAAGGGUGAACUAUAUCGCUUCGUGCCAUAUGGGAGUUCAGGCUGGUGGGUCUGCAUCAGGUGGCACUCUUAGUAGGUUCUCCUUACGGGAUUUGCUCAAAUGGUGCAAGAGAAUAACAGAUCGACACCUCAGCUUUUCUGGUUCUGGUCUUGUAGCUGCUGAUUGCCAAUAUAUUUAUCAGGAGGCAGUUGAUAUCUUUGCUGCCUCCUUGCCCUCGUUGGAUAAGAGGCUAUUGAUAAUGAGAGAGAUCGCUAGUCAUUUGGGUGUUUGUCCACCUGAAGCCUUGCACCCAAUGAACAAGCUUAUUCUUCAGAAUCAACAUGGCAAUUUACAAAUUGGGAGAAUUAAUUUGGAAAAGACAGAGACUGCAAUCAGGAAGGAAGAUAGACCUUUUGUUCAUCUCCGGAGUACCUUGCAUGCUCUCGAGAGGGUUGCUUGUUCUAUAAAGUUCAAUGAACCUGUUCUUCUAGUUGGUGAAACUGGUACUGGGAAGACGACUCUUGUGCAGAAUCUGGCCAUGUGGCUUGAUAAACCACUGACUGUGAUGAACUUGAGCCAGCAGAGUGAUGUGACUGAUCUUUUGGGAGGAUUUAAGCCUAUGGAUGAACGGUCUAUUUGUGUUCCUCUAUACCACGAGUUCAAUGAAUUGUUUUCUAGUACAUUUUCUAAGGAUAACGUAGCUUUUAUCCUUUAUUGUGAAGAGCGUAUAAAGGAGAAGAAGUGGAAAAAGCUACUUCGUGCUCUUCAAGAAGCUGAUGAGAAAGCUCGGAAACUUUUUGAAAAAAGUGGUAACCCUCACUGUGGAUCAAAGAGGAAGAGAGCUUUAUCUGAAGAGCUUCUUAGUGGCUGGAAGUCCUUCUCUUUGAGGCUUAAAGCUGCUCAAAAUCAAGAUGGUGCGGCUGCUGGCAUGUCUUUUAAGUUUGUGGAGGGAGCUUUUAUAACCGCUCUGAGAAAUGGCCACUGGAUAUUGCUUGAUGAGGUGAAUCUUGCACCUCCGGAGACACUUCAGAGGAUCACUGCCGCUCUUGAUGGAGAUAGUGGUUCACUUUGUCUGGCUGAAAGGGGGGAUGUGAAUUACGUGGAGCGCCAUAAGGACUUCCGGCUGUUUGCCUGCAUGAAUCCUGCAACUGAUGCAGGAAAGCGCGAUCUGCCAUACAUUCUGAGGAGCAGAUUUACUGAAUAUUUUGUAGAUGAUGUAUUGGAUGAUGAAGACCUUCGUCUUUUUGUUAAGAAGUACAUGGAAGGCAUGCACAAAGGUGAAGAAAUGACCAAUAAGAUUGUUCAGUUUUAUAAAGCAUCUAAAAAGGAGUCUGAGGAGAGGCUACAAGAUGGGGCCAACCAGAAGCCCCAAUUUAGUUUGAGGUCCCUUGCUCGUGCACUGGAUUACACUAGAAAGGCAGAGAAGCACUUUGGCUUCGAAAAAUCCCUCUACGAUGGUUUUUGCAUGUUCUUUCUUACUUUACUAGACGGUCCUAGUGCGAAAAUAAUGAACAACAUGAUACUGUCGCACUUGUUCAAUGGAAAGGCGCCUCCAACUCUUCCUUUCGAUUCUUAUCUCGUUGAAACAUUGAAUAAUGAAAAUGUUUCUGGAUCAACUGAUUUUGUGGAGACUGUAAGUGUUAAAGAGCAUCUCAAGAGCAUUGCACGUGCAAUCUAUAUUAAAAGAUAUCCAGUUCUCCUUCAAGGCCCUACAUCCAGUGGCAAAACUAGUCUUGUUCGUCAUCUUGCUUCAGUUACGGGUCAUGAGUUUGUGCGCAUCAACAAUCAUGAGCAUACUGAUCUUCAGGAGUAUUUGGGUUCUUACAUUACUGAUUCUCAUGGGAGGCUUCGAUUUCAAGAGGGCAUAUUAGUGAAGGCAGUUCGCAAAGGACACUGGAUUGUGUUGGAUGAGUUAAAUUUAGCCCCUUCAGAUGUAUUGGAAGCUUUAAAUCGUCUCUUAGAUGAUAAUCGACAACUCUUCGUGCCUGAGCUUCAGGAGACAAUAACUGCUCACCCUGAUUUUAUGCUUUUCGCAACUCAAAAUCCCCCCAUGCUUUAUGGGGGCCGAAAGAUGUUGUCUCGAGCUUUUCGCAAUCGAUUUUUGGAGAUACAUGUUGAUGAAAUCCCUGAAGAUGAACUCACUAUUAUACUAGAAAAGAGAUGUGAAGUCCCAAAUAGCUCUGCUAAGAAAAUGGUUGAAGUGAUGAAGGAUUUGCAGUUGCACAGGCAAAACAGCAGAGUAUUUGCUGGCAAGCAUGGUUUCAUCACCCCAAGAGAUUUGUUUCGAUGGGCUAAUCGUUUCAGGAACUUUGGGAGUUUGGCGAAAGAUGGGUAUUUUCUUCUUGCUGAAAGGUUGCGAGAUGAAAAUGAGAAAAAAGUUGUUCAGGAAACAUUGGAACGCUGCCUGCGUGUGAAACUAAAUAUUAAUGAAUUGUAUAACGGGGAGGUAGGCUGGGAGGAUGAAGUCUCCAAACUCAUGAAAAACCCAAGAAUACGGCAAGAUUUUGGAAACAUUACCUGGACCAAAAGUAUGUGGAGGCUAUAUUUUCUUGUCAAACGCUGCUACGAGUUGCGCGAGCCUGUCCUCCUUGUGGGUGAAACUGGUGGUGGGAAAACCACUGUAUGCCAGGUGUUGAGUGCUGUUCUUGGGGCAAGAUUGCACAUUCUGAAUUGCCAUCAGUACACUGAAACCUCGGAUUUCAUAGGGGGAUACUGUCCAGUGCGUGAUAGGUCAAGAUUAAGUGCGGAUUUUAAAAAUCUCGUUUCUAAGCUGCAGCAGUCCAUGUUCUUCUCUUGCACUGCUGGAGAUACUGCAUUAUCUUUUGACAUAUCAGAAGCUGCUUCUACAAUAAACCAGCUAAGUGGAAUUAUAGAUAACUAUGAAAAGAAUAAGACUAAAAAUCUUUAUAUUCCUAAAAAGGAUGUUGUUGAAUUUAAACGAUAUAUUGAUGACCUGAUGAGGCUGAAAGAAAAAUGGCAGACCAUAUUUCUUUGGCAGGAUGGACCACUAGUACAAGCAAUGAAGGAUGGAGAUAUCUUUCUUGUGGAUGAAAUCUCUCUGGCAGAUGAUAGCGUACUUGAACGUCUGAACAGUGUUUUAGAACUGGACCGGAAAUUGUCAUUGCCUGAGAAAGGUGGCUCUGUUCUUGAGAAGAUAGAAGCACACGAUAAUUUCUUUAUCCUCGCCACAAUGAACCCGGGUGGCGAUUAUGGUAAGAAGGAGCUAUCGCCAGCUCUACGAAAUCGGUUUACCGAGAUAUGGGUCCCAACUGUCAUGGAAGUUGAUGAACUGAAAUCCAUUGCUAUUAAGAAAUUUGCAAAUCGAGAGCUUUCUUGUUUAGCAGAUUGCAUUAUCAACUUCUGGCAGUGGUUCAAGGGCAGAACACUAACAAUACGGGAUCUGUUAUCCUGGAUUUCAUUUGUAAAUGGGACAGAAGGAAGACUUGGACUGGGAAGUGCGUUGAUACAUGGAUUAUUCCUUGUCUUACUUGAUGGCCUUAGUUUGGGGACAGGUAUAUCUAGAGGUGAUGCUAACAAGUUGAGAGAGGAUUCUCUAUCAUUCGUUCUUGGAGAACUACAGAAGGCUGCAAGCGACUAUUUUGAUGUGGGGAUGAGUAAAAUGGAAAACUAUGGAUGGGGUGGUGAUGAGAAGCAUGUUGAUACCAGCUUACAUAUGGAUUCAGCUGAACUUUUUGGCAUUCAGCCUUUCUAUAUUCCUAAGGGUCCUCUUAAUUGUAUGCAAAAGGGCUAUGAAUUUCUUGCACCAACUACCAGCAGGAAUCUUUUGCGUGUUUUGCGUGCGAUGCAACUUUCUAAACCUGUCUUGUUGGAAGGAAGCCCUGGGGUCGGGAAAACUAGCUUGAUUGUGGCAUUGGCAGGAAUUUCUGGAUAUCCUGUGGUCCGGAUCAACUUAUCUGAGCAGACAGAUAUGAUGGAUCUUUUGGGAUCAGACUUACCAGUCCAAGGUGAAAACGGAAUGGAGUUUUCUUGGUCAGAUGGUAUCCUUCUCCAGGCUUUGAAAAAUGGUAGUUGGGUUUUGUUAGAUGAGCUUAACCUUGCUCCUCAAUCUGUCCUAGAGGGUCUGAAUGCCAUUUUGGAUCAUCGUGCUGAGGUGUACAUACCGGAACUUGGUCAAGUGUUCAAAUGUCCGCCUUCUUUUAGAGUUUUUGCAUGCCAAAAUCCUUCUUCUCAGGGUGGUGGCAGGAAAGGACUUCCCAAGUCCUUUUUAAAUCGCUUCACCAAGGUUUAUGUUGAUGAGCUGUCAAUGAAUGAUUAUCUCUUCAUUAGUCGAUCACUCCAUCCAUCAAUUCCAUCAGAGCUUCUCUCUAAGUUGAUUCUCUUUAAUUACCAACUCUAUGAGGAUACUAUGGUUCAUAGGAAGUAUGGCAAUGAAGGUUCUCCCUGGGAGUUUAAUUUGCGUGAUGUCCUGCGGUCAUGCCAAAUUAUUGAAGGUUCACCACAAGGCUCAAAAGAAGACUGCUUUUUAAGUACUGUCUACCUUCAGCGAAUGCGCACUGCAGCUGACCGCAACGAAGUCAGGAAGUUGUUUGAAGCAGUUUUUGGGAUAAAGCCCGUUCUAAGUCGGUAUCCAAAGCUCUGCAUAAAUCCAGAAUAUUUGAUUGUGGGGUCUGCAUGUGCAAAGAAGAAUCAUUUCCAGCCUUCAAAGGUCUCAAAUUAUAACCAGUUGAAUGUACUCCCAGGAUUUCUUCCUAGCUUGGAAGCAGCAUUGCAUUGUUUACAGUAUGGAUGGUUAUGCAUUCUAGUGGGCCCACACUCAUCUGGUAAAACUUCUCUUGUUCGGUUGUUGGCUCAGCUCACCGGCAAUGCACUGAAUGAAUUGAAUCUUUCUUCUGGAACUGAUGUUUCUGAACUGCUUGGAUGUUUUGAGCAGUACAGUUUCUAUCGCCAUUAUAAGGCAGUCAUAUCCCAGGUUGAAUGUUACAUUGAUGAAUAUUUUUGUCUAAAGCUGGAUCAGAGCUCAAAGAGUUUGAUUACUGAGACGGAAACUUUUGAUAAAUGGUUUAAGUUUGUGGCAGCCAAGAAAGAAAAUUCUUCAUCCACUUCUGCAUAUUUUGAUUUGUGGAAAGAUGAAAUUUUUGAUUCCCUGAACCUACUAGAAGAUAUUAUUGAGCAGCUGAAACGAGAUCCUGAAAUGCUUCGCUUGCCUUUAUCAUGGUCGCUUGAUGACCUGAAUGAAACCCUAAAAUCUGUUUCAGAUUUAAAACAUAACAAAUCAAUGCAGCAAUCUGUAAAUUUUGAAUGGGUUUCUGGAGACUUAAUCAAGGCUAUUGAAUGUGGUGAAUGGGUUGUUCUGGACAAUGCAAAUCUCUGCAAUCCUUCGGUUCUCGAUAGGAUUAACUCUUUGGUCGAGCCUGAUGGGACUAUCACAGUUAAUGAAUGUGGAUCUGUUGAUGGGAAACCUUUAAUACUUAACGCCCACCCCAAUUUCCGAAUGUUUCUCUCAGUAGAUCCAAAGCAUGGUGAGGUUUCUAGAGCAAUGCGGAACAGAGGAGUGGAGAUCUUUUUGAUGGAUCAAAAUUGGCUAAUUGAUGGAAAUGAAAAAUGUGAUAAUAGCGAGAUAAAUAAUGUGCAAAGAUUCUUGACUUUCUGUGGCAUACCUGGUAGCCAGUUGGUUUCUUCAAUGACUGAAGCACACAUGUAUGCAAAAGCUGCAGGGUUGCGUCUUGGUAUUCGUAUUACUCUUCUUGAGCUAGCACGCUGGGUUCAGCUCUUCCAGCAGCUUCUAAUGAAAGGAAACCAGCCUCUAUGGAGUCUUCAACUAAGUUGGGAGCACACUUACCUGCCUUCUUUGGGCGAAUUCGAGGGAAUAAAUGCUGUUAUGGAGGGGAAACUGAGGUUCUUGACAGACAUUGGAUGUUCAUAUUCGCUGUCUCUUCCAGGAGGAUUGCCUAUGCCCCACAAACUAAGGAACUUGGCAUGGUACUCAAAAGAAGUUUGUGUCAAGAGAAAUUGCAUGUAUUUGGAGUAUCUGGGUGCUGAAUAUUCUUCUUAUGUAUUAAACAAAAUCAGUCAUAGAUCUUCUUUAUCAAACAAGAGCAUGGACAUCUAUCCAUUGGUCAAUUUGGUCAUACCUGAAGUCACAAUACGCAAUCUUAUAUUCCCAGAUGUUGCUGGCAAGCAAGCUGCCAUGUCUUGUAAUAUGCUUCCAGAAUUUGACUUGGCACGAGCCAAUAAGAUGCUUUUCAUAGCUGCAAACUGGGCUAUUGAACAAGCUACUGGAAAUGAUUUUUCGUUGUAUAUUGUGUGGUUUAAGUGGUAUGGCUCCCUACUGCAACAUCAUUGUCCAUUCUUUACGGAAUUUGGUGCCUUCCUUGAGAAAGAAAAGGGUCAUCCCAUUUGGAAAUGCAUCUUAGAAUGCUGGAGGGAGGUGAUUGCUUAUCACAAGAUUGAUGUCAAUGUGUACCCUCUUCAAUUGCUUUCUUUGAAGUUGGUGGAUUCUUUGGCUGGUUUGGGCACCCUGAAAAAGUGCCAAAAACGUCUUAGUAAUGCAAUUGAUUCAGUUAGCUUGUUGCGCAUUAGUUAUCAACAAUGGGAUGCUGACAGGAAUUUUCCCUACGAGGAAAACCAGAAAAUUUUACUAGAAUCCCUACAAUCCUUGGAGAGGAAGGUGCUUGAAGUGAUUGUGGGGUCACAGAAGCUGCUCCAGAUGUACUCGAACCUUCUAGAAUAUCAUUCAUUGAUCUCAAAGUCUAUAACCUCAUCUCAGUCUGAAAGCUUAGCAGUGGCUUGCUAUUUUCUUAAAAAGGAAAUAUUAAAGUUAGAACCUAGAUUCGAGUUGAUGAAGAUUUUGAACCUUAUUCCAGCUCUGAAUGUGCAUGUAGAAAAGCCAACAUUAUGGAAAUCUGGUGGCCAUCCCCUUCUGCCAUGUUCAGCUAAUAUGUUUGAGAAAGUUCAGGAACUUUUGGCUUUAAUUUAUACUAUUUGGCCUCGUACAAAGUUGUCAAAUCAAAACCUUAGUGAUGAUCAUUUAUUAAGGAAUGCUGUUUUAUCAACUAACAUUGAGCUUCGGCGGCUGGCAACAGAAGGUGUUUGCCUUAGCGUUAUUGAGGCAACUAAAUCUAACGAAUAUGGUUCCAAUGCUGUGUCUGAGUUGGAGGUGUUGCAUAAGGGCCUUUCCGAAAAGGUCAUGCAGGAGCAGAGGAAUCUCGAAUUGCUUCUGAAAUCUACGGAAGAAAGUUUUUCUUCGGUAUUUGGAGGCACUUCAUGUUGCUCAUUCUCUCCUGGAAUUUUGCAUAGCAGAUCUGGUUUCUAUGGUUGGUUAUUAGCGCUUCCUGUUCUCGACUUGAAGAGCUUUAACUUUGAUGUAAUGUUACUUAAAGACUUAGUCAGGGCUUCCUUGGAAGAUUCUUAUGAUCUGGUUAAAUUCAGCAUAUCUGGUCUGCUGAAGGAUGCUUUGGACUACUCUCUUGAGUUGUCGUCAAGAUGUCCUAUUGAGUUUACACCACAUCAAAUGUUACUAUGGAUUUUAGAUGCAUGGACAAAAGUGGAUUCUGUGCAUGUGAAAAUUGCUGCUUGUAUUCUUGAAAUGUGGUACAAUUACCAUUCUUCUAUGUGGAAUACUUCUGCUGGAGCUCUUAAGAGCUGUAGUGACGAGAAGCCGUGUCAUUUGGUGCAUCAGACAACAGCAGCAGCUAUUUCCAUGAUUCUCCAAGAUAGCUUUUCUAUUAAGGACUAUGAUGCGAACUGUUUUAAGCUUAGAGUUGCCUCGAGAAACACCUGGAAAGAUACUCUGAUGCAAGAGAACUUACUUGAUUCUUUUCAUUCCGCUGCUGAUCUCCUUUUGAAAAAGAUACUUUUUGUGCAUAAGAGACAUUUUCAGCCAGACAAGUUUGGUCAGAUGCAAUCCAUUCUCUUCAAAUUGUCAAAGAGUGGUCUACAGGAAGAAGAUCUGAAGAUAUUAAAGUCGCUCUUAUCUGAAUCAAGUCAUCGAGUGUUAGCUUCUCUGUGGGAUGCACUUAUAGAACCCUUGCUUAAAAAGCUAUAUGUAAAACAUCCAUCCAAUGAAUCUUUAUAUAACCUUGGCUGUGCGUGGUUACAUAUUGGGGUUUUGCGCUUUGAUCUGUUGCUAGAACCUUUUAGUGCUGAUCCUGUAAUGAAAUAUUCUGUCAAGCACUCACUUAUAUUGGAAAAGAUAUCAUCACUUCAGCUUGAAUCUGAGGUGCGACAAGAAUGUGAACGACUAGCAGGAAGCAACUCUGCAGAUUUUGAUGGAAAUCGAAGAUCAUUGUUAUUACGAGAACUGGAAGAGGGAGAGAGGCAGUUACAAUCAAAGAUGGUUUUUCGCCCUCAACCUUCCAAGUAUAUGAAGUUCAGAUCAGAAUGUGCUGACUUUAGAAAGCGUGUAUCAGAUUGGAUUACGGACCUUAAUUGCUGUAAAGAUCUUGCAUUAAUGGAUGGCAGGGCUUGUGGUUGGCAGGUUGACGCAUGUAAGUUCAUUAAAAGACUGUCAGAAGAGUUUGCAGAGUAUAUGGACUUGAUCCAACCAGUUCAAGUUGCUGUCUAUGAAAUGAAAUUUGGCUUGUCAGUUGCUGUAUCUAGUGCUCUUGAAAGAAAGUAUUUGAAGGAGACUAAAGAGAGGGAUAUCCAGAAAAUUUUGGCUGCAGUUUACUCUUUUAUGCAAUUUCCUUCUGGAUCAGUUGCUGAAAGUGCUCAGGUUAACGAAGCUCUGCUAAAUAAGCUGGUUACUGUUUCAAGUGGGAUGACUUCCGGCGAAGUGGUCUCUUCGGCUCAGCUAUCGAAUUCAGUAUAUUAUUAUAUUCUGAUCUGUACAGCUUAUUGUGUUUCUUAUUCCCGAACUAUGGAUGAAGCAUCCUUCUUGUCCUUGGAAAAAAUAUUUGAUCAUUUCACAAGUCAAUGGGUUGACAUGAAAUCUCGAGGGAAAAUCAGGGAAGACAAUGAGUCUCAGUAUUUUAAGUUCAGGCCUCGUUCGAUCAGGAUCGAAGACAUUCUGGAAGGGGAUUUAUCACCUCUUUCUGAGUUGGACUCCGAUGGGAAUAUGGCAUUUGACAGUGAAGAAAAAUUGGAACAAAAUUUUUUGGGAACGGUGAAGAAACCCACUGAGGUGGACGAUAAUAUGGAGGAAGACUGGGAUCUAAUUCCUGAGUUUACAUUGAAAAGUGUGGUGCUCAUACACAACCAACUAUUUGGGUCAAGGGACCUUGUGGAGCAGCCUGGCAUUUGCCAUAUUGCUGAUGAGGAUAGGCUUCAAUCUUUUAUGCAAUCAUAUGAAGUGGGAACCAGAAUAAUGAAAGGUUUGCAGCCAUUGACAUCAUCCAAACUAGAUAACAACCUUAUGCCUGAGCACUUACUUCGCUUAAGCUUGGAAUAUGAGCAAAUUUCUGGCAUCUCUAGCAGACCUACUUGUUCGUACAACAUAUACAAGGAUCCAAACCCUUCAGUUAUGUUCAAAAUGGUUAAGCCCGUCAGUUUUCUUCAAGGUCAAGUUAAGCAAUUUCUGGAUGAAUGGCCAGAGCAUCCAGGUCUCCAGAGAAUAUUUGAUAUUACAGAGUCACUUUUGUCAAUGCCUCUAAAUAGCCCCCUUUCCAAGGCUCUACUUGGAUUGCAACUUUUAGUUGGUAGAGCUCAGUUCCUGCAAGAAAAUGAUUCAAAAUACUCUUUCAAAGACCAUCUCCAACCAAUUUAUGCUCUUGUAUCUUCAUGGCAAAAGCUUGAGAUAGAAUGUUGGCCUGCAUUGCUCGGUGGGGUUCAGGAGCAGUAUGAAAUUAAUGCUGAAAAAUUAUGGUUUCCUUUGCGAGCAGUUCUCCAUGAUGUUAAGGACCAAAGCUUAUUCACAAUCAAGAGUAUUGAGGAAUUUAUGCAAACAUCCAGUGUUGGGGAAUUUAAGAGACGGCUUCAACUUGUUCUCGCCUUCCACGGCCAGAUUUCUUAUGGUAUCACCCUGAAAAUGGAAGCUUACUCAAGUCCAAGUACGAGGGAAUAUUUGAAUAUUCUGUACAAUGCAUUUGGAUACUACGUACAAUUCAUGCCCUUAGUUUCAGAGUACAUUGAUGGCGGCAGAAGAAGCAUUGAGAAAGAGUUGAAAGAACUUCUCAAGCUUUACAGAUGGGAGCAAGAUCCUUGCAGUUAUGCAUCAAUAGAAAAUUUUAGAAGGACUAAGCAGAAGAUGUUAAAAUCUGUUCAAAAAUUCAAUGAUGUUCUGCAGCAACCUCUGAUAAAAUUGCUCGAUGAAGAAGUAGCACGAAUAAGAAGCAAAGUCCCAUCUUGGCUUGACCAGAAGGUGCCUGAUGUAUCAAAAGUAGAUGUGCUACCAUUUCCUCUGGAUCUGGCAAAGCUCGGAGAUGUUGAAAGGUUCAUGUGGUAUUCGGAAUGGAGAAGUAAGGCUUAUUCAGUAUCACAAAUAAUAGGUGACAGAGAACUCAUAGAAGUUAUCACACAGUCCCAGUACCCUGAAUCUAUGCAAAUAGAAUUUAAGAUGCAGUGGGAGGAUUGUUGGUCUUCACUUGAAAAAAUAUGCAGACAUACAGCUGAAUUUGCUCAUCUGUGGAAGCAUGGAACAAAGAAUCCCAAGAGGAGGGCUCUAGCCAACUUACUGAAGACUCUUGAAGGAUGUGGAUUAUCGAAGCAUCGACCUAUAAGUCAGGAGCUGGAAAAUAACUCAAAUCAGCCGAGCAGAUUAUUUUUGCAGCCAUCAUAUAAUGUGCUACACUUGCUGGAAGUCUCCCCUGCCCAGCAAAAUGAGCUUUUAGACAACAAAGGUGAUAAGGGAUGGACAUCAGCAAACAACAACUACUUCAAAUGCUUGGCCAUGAUGCAGCAACUUCAACAAGCCUCUUUGAGUUUCAGCAAAGACCUCGAUCUGGAGCAGGUCAAUCGGGCUGUAUCUUUUGUGGAUCAUCUUAUUAGCGUACUGUGUGAACAAAGAAAUAUUGCUUAUAGUCUGUCGGAGCAACUAAUAAACUUACGGGAACGAUUGUUAAACUUCACAGGAGAGGGUGAUAGUUCUUCUAUAGCUCCAAGCCAGAAUGCCCUUUUCAAAUGCAUGCAGCAACAAAAGCGACUUUUCGACAACCUACUUACUAUGUCGAGGGACAUGACCUUGCUGCUUGGGAGCUUCAAGAAUAGUCAUCUUAGUACAUGUGACACAGUGGGGGAUGAAGCUGCUACUCUAUCUGCUUUUGUAGAUAAUUUUGUGCCGACAUUCAUAAAAUCUAAGGAAUUGUUAGAUAAGUAUCUAAUUGGCGGUAACCAUGUUCUUGCCCCUUCACCUAAGUACAUUCCAGAUGUUGUUACCAAUGAGAUGAAGAAACUAGUGGACACAAACCAGCAAAUAAUUAACACAUUUGACGAAGAUAUCAAGAAAUUAGGCUUCCAAAAGGAUUCCACAAGAUCUGUCAAAGAAAUGCUGCUUGGCCGUUUUCAAGAGCUGAUCAACAAGGGGAGACUGACAAUAGAGGAUUAUCGAGCAGAAGUUGAUACGAUUCACCAGCAGCAACAAGAUUCAACUCUCUCGGCAAAUCUUGAUACUUUAUUUGCUGAAGCUUUUGAGGAGACAAUUAAAUUGAUGAUGGUUGCUUUUAGGAGGCUAGAUGUACUCACUCAUGGCCAUGUUCGAGAAUUAUCAGAAGGAAAUAUUACUCUUUGGAAAGACUUUCUGCAGUCAUAUACAGCUAACCUGCUACUAGAUCAUAUACGUGAUGCUGCUGACAAAACCAUAGAUCUAGCGAAGCAACUCGUGGACGGUGCUAGUAGGAAACCUGAGGUUUGUUCUUACGUAGAGAAACAUCUAAAAAAUCUUCGCAUGUUGCUUGACCUUCUUGUUUCCCAUGCUGAAGGCAUCCUCUCCGAGUUUUUAGAUGCUCAUAGAACGACAGGUGAAAUGACUCAUGCCCUUGCACACGUUUUCACUCAACUAUUUUCGGAGGGAUUUGGGUCUGCAGAGGAACUGACAGAGAGUGUUGCUGGAGGUACACGAGAUGCUACUGGAACUGGUAUGGGUGAGGGUGAAGGUAUAAAUGAUGUGAGUGAUCAGAUAGAAGACGAGUCACAACUUCUUGGCUGUCCUGAAAAGGAUGAUGGACCGGAGAAGUCGGAUAAACUUCCUAGUGACAGAGACAAAGGAGUCGAAAUGGAUGAGGAUUUUACUGGCGAUAUGUAUAGUGUAAGUGAAGAUUCUGGGGAUGAAGAUGAUGGCCAUGACAACGAGGAAGAGGACAUCAACUUGGAAUCUCAAAUGGGAGAGACUGGAGAUGACAAGCAGGUGGCUGGCGAGAAGGCUUGGGAUAAGGAUGAAGAUGAAAACCAUCAAAACUCUGAUGAUAAGUACGAAUCGGGACCAUCCGUGAAAGAAGAGGAUCGUAGCAGUAGAGAGCUCAGAGCUAAGGAUGAUAAUGCUCUUGGUAUUGAAGAACCAGGAGAAAAUGAGCUUGAUCAGUAUGAUACUAAAGAGGACAAUGAAACAUCUCUUGCUGAUGAAGAUGAGAAAAGUAAUAACGACAUUGGGGCCGAGAAAAGUGAAGCGUUUGAAGAUCCAACAGGAGCUCCGUUCCCUGAAUUGGAAAAAGAUUCGGAAGACGUUAAUAUAGAUGAAACUGAGGCUUCUGAUAUAAAAGAAGAUGAGGUUAAUGAAGAUGCUGAUGAGGAAAUGAUGGAUGGAGAUGAAAAUGAAAUGUCCAACACUGAUGAUCGUAAUGAUGAGGAGAAUAUCGUCCAAAUGGAUGAGGACAAUGAAGCAAAGGAUGCUACUGGAAAAGAUGUUGAGGAUUCAACAACAGAGCUGAGUAAAGAGACACAAAAUUCUGAUAAGAUUGAGGCAUUGAAAAAUCCUUCACAGGAUGUGCUUAUGACUAAUGGGCUUCAGUCGAAUAUGGAACCGCAGACAAACUGGGCCAAUAGCAAUGACACUUACAGUGCGGUUGCUCCGUCAAUAAAUAUACCGAGCAAUGAAGCACUCAAAAUGGAAAUAUCCAUGCCUGACUCUAGCUAUGGUUCUAGAUUAUCUUCUAAUGAAACAAAACCUCAGACUUCGCAAACUGAUGAAACAUCUUUUCAAAUUAUGCGUACAAAUCCUUUUAGGAGCAUUGGGGAUGCGAUGGAGGAGUGGAAAGAAAGAGCCAAAGUUUCGGCUGACACCCAAAAUGACCAAAUGGAUGCUCUUGAUGAGAUCGAUGAUGAGAAUGCUGAUGAAUACCGGUAUGUAUCUGAGGGAGAAAAGGGUACUUCUCAAGCGCUUGGAGCUGCUACUUCUGAUCAGAUCCUAGACAAUGUUGAAGGAAACAAAUCUACCACAGAUGAGGGUCAAAUCAGGAAAAAAGAGGAGACCAAUAACAAAACUGAUAUGGUUGAUAAUCCUGAAACAUCUUAUCUCAAGUCUUGCCAAUCUUUGAUUUCCAAAUCUGAAGUUGAAGAGGAAAUUCUAGACAAAAUGGAGGAGGACACUGAGCCAUUUGUUGAAAAACCGCAUCAAAAUGACUUCAAAUGCCAAUCAGGAGAUUCGGUUAUGUUCAGAAAUUCCCUGACGGAUGAGAAAGUACCGCCACUUGAUGCCCAUUUUGAUGACCAGGAAUUGUCUGUUCCUAUGGGCAUUGAAGCAUCUGAUGAGGAAAUGCAAAGAGCUAUUGUAGAUUGGAAAAAGUAUGAAAUGGUUACAACCAGGUUGUCUCAAGAGUUGACUGAGCAGUUGCGCCUUGUCUUGGAACCUACUUUGGCUAGCAAGCUUCAAGGGGAUUAUAGAACUGGAAAACGAAUCAACAUGAAGAAGGUUAUUCCAUACAUUGCGAGUCAUUUCCGUAAAGAUAAGAUAUGGUUGAGGAGGACUAAACCCAACAAGAGAGAUUACCAAGUGGUGUUAGCAGUGGAUGAUUCGCGCAGUAUGUCUGAAAACCGUUGUGAAAAAGCUGCUAUCGAGGCACUGGUAACAGUGUGCAGAGCACUGUCGCAGCUUGAAGUGGGCCAGUUUGCGGUUGCAAGCUUUGGCAGGAAAGGGAAUAUUAAAUUACUUCAUGAUUUUGAUCAGACUUUCAUGGGUGAAGCUGGUGUGAAGAUGAUCUCUAGCUUAUCAUUCAGGCAAGAUAAUACCAUUGCUGAUGAGCCCGUGGUUGAUCUUUUGAAGUGUCUGAACAACAUGCUCGACACUGCUGUCUCAAAGUCACGCAUGCCAUCAGGGCAGAACCCUCUUCACCAGCUCAUACUGAUAAUAUCUGAUGGCCGGUUCCAUGAAAAGGAAAACUUGAGGCGGUGUGUCAGAGAUCUUCUGAACAGGCGGAGGAUGAUUGCAUUUAUUCUUCUAGACAGUCCUCAGGAUUCCAUCAUGGAUUCAAAGGAAGCAUCAUUUGAAGGAGGAAAGCUUUCUUUCAAGAAGUAUAUGAAUUCAUUUCCGUUCCCUUAUUAUAUUGUUCUGAAGAACAUUGAAGCACUUCCCCGUACACUCGCUGAUUUGCUGCGACAGUGGUUUGAGCUCAUGCAAAACUUGAACGAGUGAUCUACAGAACCCACUGAUGACGAAUGAGAGAAAGUGUAAUCAUUUUUAGGGCACUUCAACUCUGUGGCAUUUCCAUGUUUCGGUUGUGCUCCAAUAAUAGUUGAAGUAGUGAAAGGCAGCAGAGGGCUCAUCUCCUUCUGCUGUGCUGCCGACCGCUGAUACCAGUCGAGAGAGAAGAAGAGAAAAAAGAGAGGGGAGGGCUAGCAGAAUAUGGAGACAACAGGUGAAGGAAAAGAGAAAUUGGAAAGAGGAGAAUGUGGCACGGCGAAGCGAUUAUUUUAUCGUAUAGGUUUAUAUAUUUGAAUGUGUAUAAACAGAAAUAAUUGGUCGAGUGUUUUUCGUGGGGGAAUAAUUGGCUGAAGCCAGAAUGUUGCUCUGUUUUAUUGUUACUCUAUUUUAUUGCUUCAUGGAAGGCGAUCCCUUGAAGAAUAUGCUGCUGGUAAUUUAUUUUUCUUUUCUCUUUUGUUUAUUCUCGCCAGGAAGGACUCAGUUCUUUUUGGUUAUUUGUACGAAACAGUAUGAAAUAAAGAGAAAUUCUCGGCUUUCUUUUAUUCUCA